CUGAAUCAUUAGAGGUUUUUGCAUGAAGAAAACAAUAAAAUUUGCAUUUACAAAUGGCAUUUCAUUUCCCCUUGAGAGCUCAGUCAGUUGGAAGCUCGUCGUAUUAUGCAGAAAGAGUAACCGAAGAACCUCACCCGCAGACGAACAAUAAAAACGCUCAGACCACCGUCACGUUGGUGUACCAAACGAAUCUGGUCGGCUAUUAUCGUAACGUCAAGGUUUUGUGGUGCAAGAACGUUAUGAACCAUUCUCUCAGCAUCAUGGUGAAUAGCACUCAAGGGAAUUUCCAAUACUCCUGCAAGAUCGAUCUUAAGCCUUGGCAUUUCUGGAGCAAAAAAGGGUAUAAGUCCUUUGAGGUUGAAGGGAGCCAAGUAGACGUUUACUGGGAUCUUCGUUCCGCUAAAUUCACCAGCAGCCCCGAACCGGUCUCGGAUUACUACAUCGUGCUAGUUGCUGACGAGGAGGUGGUUUUGCUCCUGGGGGAUUACAAGAAAAAAGCGUACAAGAGAACGAAAUCGAGACCGGCCUUGGUUGAAGCUCUCCUGAUUUACAAGAAGGAAAAUGUGUUCGCCAAGAAAAGCUUUGCGACACGAGCUAGAUUCGAUGAAAAAAACAGAGAACACGACAUUGUUGUUGAGAGUUCAAUAACCGGAAUAAAGGACCCUGAAAUGUGGAUCAGCAUGGAUGGGGUAGUUUUGGUUCACGUCAAGAAUUUGCAAUGGAAAUUCAGAGGGAACCAGACCGUUCUGGUCGGUAAGCAACCGGUUCAAGUCAUGUGGGAUGUCCAUGACUGGUUGUUCAGCAGCCUUGGUACCGGCCACGGUGUGUUUAUAUUCAAGCCGGUGAUGGCUGAAGCGGAGAGUGACAAAGAAGGAAGUGGCCAUGGCAGAGGAGACAGCGACAGCGGAAGCAAGUAUUAUUCUACACUAGGUGUCGACGCCACAUCGGAAUUCAGCUUGUUCCUUUAUGCCUGGAAGAUUGAGUGAAGAUAUUGAAAGCCUUUUUUUCUUCUUUUAAAUUGCAGUUCCCAUUUUACAAAAAGAAAUACAUUUUACAGGUAAUUUUCAUGAAAUAUUGUAAAUUAUGUA